AUGGGGGCAGAGCUGCUGCUGCUCGGCGGGAAGGUGUCCGCCGGCGGCGCGGCAGGAUCUGGCGCCGUCGCUGCGUCCUCGGCGGGAGCCGGACGGUGCGUGGCCGGCGGGCGGCGACUCGCGCCGGUGCAGCCGGCGGCGCUGCAAUGGCGGCAUAGUAGUACUACAAUCGAAGGCCGCACCAGCACAGAUCAGAAGCCACCACUGCAACGCUGCGCCGCCGCCGAACUGUGGAGAGGAGACGCGGAGGACGGGAAGAUGGGAUUCGAGAAGGAGAUCCUGAAAGCCGGCACCGGCCCCAAGCCCGUCAAGGGCCAGAAGGUCACCGUCCACUGCACCGGCUACGGGAAGGAUGGUGAUCUGUCUAAGAAGUUUUGGAGUACCAAGGACCCUGGGCAGCAGCCAUUCUCUUUCAACAUUGGUCUGGGUUCAGUGAUCAAAGGAUGGGAUGAGGGAGUUAUGGGCAUGCAAUUGGGUGAAGUCGCCCGUCUUACGUGCACCCCAGACUACGCUUACGGUGAAGGUGGCUUUCCAGCCUGGGGAAUUCAACCAAACUCCGUGCUGAUAUUCGAGAUCGAAGUUCUUAGCGCCAAGUGA